CAUAAACGGCACCCGCCUUUUCUAGCUGUGCGCGCUCCCUGGGAGCGCGCAGCACCGCGAUCCGGUGCCCACUGUGUCCUCGAUCAUGUGAUCACUGAUUGGCCAAUCAGUGAUCACAUGCAAAGUAGUAAGCAAGAUGUUACUUGUGACAUCAUUGCUUACUACAUGUGAAAUCUGUGAAUGAUCACAUAGGUCACAUGCCUUGUACCAUGUGACAAGCUGUGACCAAUCACAGCUCACUCAGUAC